AUGAAUUUUCAGCGACCACGUCCAAAUUCUGGGCCUAAUUUCAAUGUGCGUGAUGGAGAGAUCGAGCCUGAUUCUCGUCUUCAAGACGGGUUCAUCAAAAUGCUCUUGGUCCUGCCCAAAUGCAUGCCUGAUGCUAGGGACAGGAAUCACAUUGAGAGGAAGACUGAGCUGAUCCAGAAUCCGAACCUCAAGGCGAGACUUUAUAUGCCCGAGUCAGAAGAAGAACCAGCUUUCGUUUCUAUGGGAGCUACAAGUAAACUAUUCAUGCAGCAAGGCAUUACAACUGCGGUCGAGUAUCUUGGCAGAAGCCAUGAAAGUUUGGCUAUGAUCAAUGGACCGCUUCUUCUCGUGCAGAUUCCUGCCACCGGCCGUGAAAACUUCGUGGUUCGGGAGCAUCCUCUCAAGGUUGACGAUUAUCGACGUAUGGAGAUAACCGCCCUACCACCUACGCAAACUGAGGUCUGGCGAUACUGUCUUGAGUCGCUUUCUUUUGAUACGGCCACAGACAAGUCGGUUACUAAAGAAGACAAGUUGGCUACUGAAGAAGAAGACUUAAUCGACCUUAGCGAUGACAUUCCGCAGACUCAGCAAAAGAACCCAACCGAUAAUCCCGUGAGGCCCCGGCCCGAACCCGAGCCCGAGUCCAAACACGAAAAUGCGAGAUCUGUAGUUCAACAACGCGAGUUUGAGACCUAUGUCGCCAACUUCAAGGAUGACUUUGAGACAGCGGUUGCGCGCCUCAUCUCUGAGCCUGAUGAAAUGCAUAUGCGAGUUCACCUUGGUGCUUUACUUCAUUUUCAAAUCUCGACGAAACUCAAAAAAGGCAGCCUUAGGGACUAUGAGCGCAUGCUUGCAACAGUCAUGGGCAAAGGGAACUUUCAUUUUUCAAAAGACAUAUCUUAUUUGAAUGGCGACGCGCUCGGCUUCUCCCGUAAGGUACAACUGGCUAUUGAAGCCUCUCCCGAGAUCUUUGCUCCCGCCUCCAGUCGUAUCGAUUCGCUAGAGGAUGUGCCUCUCGAAACGACGGUGGUUGUUUUUACGCCGUCUCUCCGCUUUGACAUGAAACUCCAGGGCUUCUCUGGUCGAGAAAACAGCGGCAAGGCGAGUCUGGGGCUUGUUCGACCUAGUAUCUUCAAAAGGGAACUCAAAAACCGCGAAAAGUAUAUCGUGUCCGCCAACCCUGGCGGUGCUUUCGAUUGGGAUUUGGAGGUCCUAAUCCACGAAUCGCAAGACAACUUGGAUGAUAGACUGCGACAGCUUGAUCGUUUUAUGAAGGUCAAAACAGAGCCAGAUGGAACUUACCGUCCAUUUUUCGAAGACAAGCUGGUUCAGAACGCUAUCGGUGUUACUAUUAUCAGCACCAAAUCGGCACGUACCUAUGAAAUAGGGCUGUACCAAGUAGAACUUGCAGUUUACAUCGACUGGGAUCCUCACACUGGAAAGCGACUUUGGCAAUCGUGCGCAAUGUCGUUGUGCAGUGUCGACUGGAAUGAAGUGCUGGAAAGGCGCAACCUUGCGUUGAGCCCGCGCGACUUUGGCGUUUGCAACUCCGCCUUGCUCCCUGUCGGACCUGACGACAAGCUUGAAGACGGUGCUGCAAUAUUGCUGGAAACUGUCAAGAAGCUUCAGAAGUUUCUCAUGGAUCUAGUCUGUGAGCCAAAUGUCGUGGUGGAAAACGAACAAACGAUAGAAACAGAAGACGCUGCAACCGAGAAUGAGACCGCAGAAGAGCCUGUAACUCAACAGGUGCAGACUGCCAAUAAGAAGGCCUCGAAUUCUUUGAGGAUCAUUGACACAAAGCCAGGAACGAAAGCCGGGACCAAAGCCAAAAAGUCGCAGGCAAAGAAGAAGUCAUCUAAGCGGUAG